UUGGCUUUCUCUCUCUCUCCCCUGAUUUUCUGUCUCUCUCUUUUCUUUCCUUUCCUUUCCCCACUCCGGACCGGACCGGACCGGACUGCUCGCCGCCCGCCGCUCUGUUCCAUCCUCCUCGCCAUUCCCUCCGGCGCGCCGGGGGGCGGCGGUCGGUGGCCGGCCGGGCGAGGCGGGGCGGCUGGUGGGGGAGGGAGGGAGGGAGGGGAGGCGGGGAGAGGUUGGGGGGAUGGUGGCGUGAUCGGCGGCGGGCGGCGGGCGGCGGGAGAUGGGGAGGGCGGGGUUCGGGGUGGCGGCGGGGUGCGCGGCGGCGACGUGCGCGAUCGCAGCGGUGAUGGUGGCGCGGCGGGCGGCGGCCAGGGCGCGGUGGCGGCGGGCGGUGGCGCUGCUGCGGGAGUUCGAGGAGGGCUGCGCCACGCCGGCCGCGCGCCUGCGCCAGGUCGUCGACGCCAUGGUCGUCGAGAUGCACGCCGGCCUCGCCUCCGACGGCGGCAGCAAGCUCAAGAUGCUCCUCACCUUCGUCGACGCGCUCCCCAACGGGGAUGAAGAAGGUGUAUGCUAUGCCAUUGAUCUUGGAGGAACCAACUUUAGAGUCUUGAGGGUUGAAAUUGCUGUGGGAUCUAUACCAGCUGUAACUCAGAAGGUUGAAACUCAUAACAUCCCUGAGGAGUUAAUGGGCACAAGUGAGGAUUUAUUCAACUUUGUUGCCUUGACGCUCAAUAAUUUUGUUGAAAGGGAAGAUGGAAAAGAUACACAGAAGCCACUUGGGUUUACAUUUUCUUUCCCUGUUAGACAAAAUUCAGUUUCUUCAGGAUCAUUAAUUAGGUGGACCAAGGGAUUUUCAGUUGGAGACACGGUUGGGAAAGAUGUCUCUCAGUGCUUAGAUGAAGCGCUUGCUAGGUGUGGAUCAAAUAUGCGAGUUACUGCACUGGUCAAUGAUACUGUGGGGACAUUAGCUCUAGGGCAUCAUUAUUACAAGGAUACAGUGGCUGCUGUGAUCAUUGGGACUGGCACCAACGCUUGCUAUAUCGAACGCACUGAUGCAAUUAUCAAGUGUCAGGGUCUUCUUACGAACUCUGGAGGAAUGGUAGUUAACAUGGAAUGGGGGAAUUUCUGGUCAUCACAUUUGCCAAGAACUCCUUAUGACAUCUCUUUGGAUGACGAGACACAAAACCGCAAUGAUCAGGGCUUUGAGAAAAUGAUCUCAGGGAUGUACCUUGGGGAAAUUGCAAGACUGGUACUCCAAAGAAUGGCCCAAGAAUCAGACAUUUUUGGUGAUGGUGCUGAAAGUUUGUCAACCCCUUUCAUUUUGAGCACACCAUAUCUGGCUGCAAUUCGCGAGGACGAUUCACAAGAUCUGAGCGAAGUCAGAAGGAUACUGCAAGAACACCUCAAGAUCCCCAAUGCCCCUCUGAAGACUCGGAGGCUGGUGGUGAAAAUCUGCGACAUCGUGACCCACAGAGCUGCCCGUCUCGCCGCUGCCGGCAUCGUGGGCAUACUGAAAAAGCUGGGCCGAGACGGGAGCGCCGGCGCGGCAUCCUCGAGUGGAAGAGCGAGAGAGCAGCCGAAGAAGACGGUGGUCGCAAUCGAGGGCAGCCUGUACCAGGAGUACCCGGUGUUCAAGGAGUACCUGGAUGAAGCCCUGGUGGAGAUCCUUGGCGAGGAGGUGGCGCGGACUGUGACGCUUCGGGUGAUGGUGGAUGGGCCGGGGACUGGGGCCGCGCUUCUUGCCGCGGUACAUUCGUCGAAUAGACAACAACAAGGUGGUGGAGGAGGAGGAGGUUCCAUAUAGUGGUGGUGAUGGAUCAGGGAGACAUGGUGAUACAGCUUGGCCCUCUGUGCAAAUGUAAAAAGGGACAUUGUUUGAUAUCUAUAAUUCAUAUAAUAUAUAUAUGAAAUCUGGUCUUGUGCAGAGA